CAGAUAAAGUCAAAACCGCCCCCCCUCUUUUUCCCAGCCAUGCAAACUGCGGGAUGAAGCUGGAAGCUGUGGUCGAGCAGCUGCAGAAGCAGCAGCAGAAGCAACAAACGCCUCUGCAGAUGGAUUCCAGGGAGAGACAGCAGAGGCAGAUGAGAGAAGCCCAGCUGCUCUACACUCAGCAGCUGGCCGUGCAGCAGGCUGUCCUAGCAGCCACAUCUGGCAGGGCUUCGGGCGGCUCUGCCGUUGGUCCCUUGGCCAGAGGCCCACCUGCGGCCGGAGCUACGCGGGCUUUCGAUCAGAGCAGCAUGAAUUCGGAGCCAGAAGAGGAGGAGGAGGAAGAGGAGGAGGAAGAAGAGGAGGAGGAGGAAGAAGAGGAAGAAGGGGGUUUGGAAGGUGGCGAUCUUGAGGAUGGCGCUGAUGUGACUGGAAAAGAAACCUGCUCUGCUCUGAAAUAUUUUCAUGCUCCCAAAGUUGCCCAUCAUAACCAAAGAGUGGCCUCUACCUCUAAUCCUCUUCCAGCUCCGGGGCACCAGCGGGGACAGCAGGGCAAAGAAGAACAGGGUAAAGACACUACUAAACAACCGUAUUCCGGUUCCCCGUCUGGACGCCAGAACUGGCGGUUGGACGAGCAGCUCAAGCAGAACGGCAACGUGACCUGGAGCGAUGAAGGCGAUGGAUGCCGAGGAAGAGAAAUUUCCCGAGACUUUGCCAAGCUCUAUGAACUGGAUAGCGACCCUGAACGGAAAGAGUUCCUGGAUGACCUCUUCAUCUUUAUGCAGAAGAGGGGAACUCCCAUCAAUCGGAUCCCUAUCAUGGCAAAGCAGAUCCUGGAUCUCUAUAUGCUCUACAAGCUGGUGACCGAAAAAGGAGGGCUGGUGGAAAUCAUCAACAAGAAGAUCUGGCGAGAGAUCACCAAAGGCCUUAACCUGCCCACCUCCAUCACCAGUGCCGCGUUCACGCUUCGAACCCAGUAUAUGAAGUACCUAUACGCCUACGAAUGCGAGAAGAAAUCCCUCAGCUCUCCUGCCGAGCUUCAGGCCGCGAUCGAUGGCAACAGGCGGGAAGGCAGGCGGCCCAGCUACAGCUCCUCUUUGUUCAGCUACUCGCCCACCACCACGGGGCCUCCUUCCCUCCUGUCUCCCCCAAAGAUCCGCUUCCCCAUCAUCGGCGUCGCGCCAGGCAGCGGGACCAGCAAUCCUCGGGUGUCUCCAGCAGCGGCUGUCAGAAAAGGUGACGGCGUGCCCUUGACUGUGUCUAUGCCAAAUCGUAUUGCCGUGCCAGUGACCUUGGCCAGCCAGCAAGCAAGCGUGGCAGCGAGAACGGCCACCCUAGAGCAGCUGAGGGAGAGACUGGAGUCAGGAGAGCCUCCGGAGAAGAAGGUCUCGCGGAUGACGGAGGAGGAGCAGCGGCUCGUCCAGCAGGCUCUUCAACGCAACCUGUUCAGCAUGGCGCGGCAGAUCCCCAUGAAGAUCAAAAUCAAUGGCAAGGAAGAUAAACCGGACUCGGCAGCAGCGGCGGCACUGAAUUUGUCACCUAACGGCAUUGGGAGUAUUAACAUGUCGGUGGAGAUUAACGGCACAAUUUAUGCUGGAGUGCUUUUUGCCCAGAAGCCAGUCGUCCAUCUCAUCGCAGGCUCCGGCACUCAAAGUUCCUGCAGCAGCAGCAGCAGCUCCCACUGCUCUCCCAGCCCUACCUCAUCCCGGGGGACCCCCAGCGCAGAGCCCUCCACCAGCUGGUCUCUCUGACGGCCGGGCGAGCCUGCUGUCUCUCACACUGGCCCCCGGCAGCUCUUCUUCCUCCCUGCGUUCAGUGGGGAGCGAGCCGGGACGGAGUCGCACAGAUUACCUCAUCUCAAGGAACCUGCUUUUGUGGUUGGCCAACGGCAAGAUGAUGAUGAUGCUGAAUCCUU